UCUAUCUUAUUGAGUUUAUUAAUAGAAGAGUAGCAGUCGUGUGACACUGUCGUGUAGUGCUUAUGAUAAACUGAUUGUACAAAUUACAAUUGGCCAAUCUGUGGUAUACGUGAAUUAAGUCGCAUAUAUAAUUGAAAUGCCUUUUAAAAGAAAUUGGGAUGAAUCAUGUCCUCGAGUUUGGGAUAAAUGGGAGGCUAACGGCCAGGAGUGGGUUGUCCAGGACUUGGACCCGAAAGACGACGAAGAGGCACUUGACAUUUUAGUGGGACAUCUUUGUACUGAUGAAAUUCUUUGCUCCUUAAGUAAGAUUACGGAAGAUGCAGAAAGUGUCGAAGGUAUAAGGAAGUUCUGGGCGCUCUGUAUUGCGCAGAGGAUGUGUCCUGCGCUCUACACCUGGGUAGAUGGUAAGAAGACCCUGGUAGCUUUAAACGUGUGCGCCGUCAUGUCUUCUGGUGAUACUUUUCCAGAUGUUGAGAUCAAAGGUGAGAAAUGGAAAAACGUGUAUAAAGGGCUUGUGUUCUUGGAAAUCAAGAGAGAUCCACACAAAUACCUGGGACUGGAUUUACUGUUACAUGCAUUUGGGCUUGUUGUAAAGAGAGAAUACAGAGGACAUAGACUUGGUGCCAAAUUGUUGAAUGCGAGAGAGCCACUAUCAAAAGCAAAUGGGAUCAAAGGUACUACGACGGUAUUUACGGUUCAACCAUCACAGAAAUUGGCGGCUAGAUGUGGCUUCGAAACUAUUAGCGAAGCAUCCUGGAAGGAACUGGCUGAUUCAGGAUUAGACUAUCCCCCUGAAACUGAUAAAUUUAUUAAACUUAUGGUUAAGCGAUAUGACUAAGCAAUUUGUUUAUAAUAUAUUAGCGCUUAGUAUGCAUUUAUAAAGGUCCCUAAACUAAGGUCAAGACCGAAUUUAAACUGUUUUUGGGUUAAGGGAAGCUGUUCAAAACGAAAUAUCUAAGUUGUAAAUCAAGAUAUCCACAAAGAAAAUAAUAUUGUCCCUAAACAAAAUGUUAUUUACUAUUUAAUUAGUUUUAGCAAAAUAUUUAUUGACAUUCAAGAUUCAUCAUCUUUUCAAGGUUUCCAGAUUAGUUCUGUGCCUUUUCAGAUGAUUGAUAUAUUUUAUCAUUCUACGAUAGUUAAUAACUUUUAUUGCCUUGAAUAUAAAUUUUAUUUAA